GCAAGUGGAAGGGACGGGGCGGACACGCGGCGCUCCUGGAGGGUUUGCGUAGGGCAGGGCCAUGGCCACACUUCGCAGGCUGCGAGAGGUACCCCGGCACUUGCUGGUCUGCGAGAAAUCCAACUUCGGCCACGACAAGUCGCGCCACAGGCAUCUCGUGGAGACGCACUAUCACAACUACAGAGUUUCAUUUCUGAUUCCUGAAUGUGGAAUACUACCUAAAGAACUGAAAAACCUGGUUACAGAAACUGGACCCUAUUACUUUGUGAAGAAUUUACCUCUUCAUGAGUUAAUUACACAAGAAUUCAUCAAUACAUUUGUAAAGAAAGGUUCGUGCUGUGCACUGACAUACAAUACAAAUAUCGAUGAAGAUAAUACUGUUGCUCUGCUGCCAAAUGGGAAAUUAAUUUUAUCACUUGAUAAAGACACUUAUGAAGAAACUGGACUUCAAGGUCAUCCAUCUCGUUAUUCUGGUAGAAAAAUAAUGAAAUUUAUUAUUUCCAUUGAUCUGAUGGACUUAUCCUUUAACCUGGAUUCCAAGAAGUAUAAAAGAAUAUCUUGGUCCUUCAAAGAGAAGAAGCCAUUGAAAUUCAAUUUUCUUUUGGCUUGGCAUCCUACAGGUGUGGAAGAAUCAACGAUGAUGUCCUACUUUUCCAAUUAUGGAAUUCAGGAGCAUCAGCCAAAAAUAGCAGUGAGCAUGGUGACAGAUCUGCAGUGCCCAGUGCUGCAGAGCAGCGAGCUCAGGGGCAAGCUGGAGGUGGCCUGCAGUACCGGGGAGCUGUUCGACUGGCUGGGUGCUGUCUUCAGUAACGCUGACCUAAAUAAUGAGCCUAGUAAUUUCAUAUCAACUUAUUGCUGUCCUCAGCCAAGCACACUGAUGGCAAAAGCGUCUUUGUGUACGAUCACUGGUUUCAUACUUCCAGAGAAGAUAUGUCUCCUGUUGGAACAGCUGUGCCACUACUUCAAUGAGCCAAAGUUAGCUCCUUGGGUUACGUUGACGGUUCAAGGCUUUGCAGACAGUCCUGUUUCAUGGAGAGAAAAUGAGCAUGGUUUUCAAAAAGGAGGAGAACAUUUAUACAACUUUGUGAUUUUUAAUAAUCAGGACUAUUGGCUUCAGAUGGCUGUUGGGGCAAAUGAUGACUGUCCACCAUAAGAAUACAAAAUUUAUAAUCAUGUUUGUUUAUACUUUUCAGAUUUCUUAGUGGUAAAAGGACUGAGUGUUCUCUGAGACUUAUAUGAUAAUGACAUAUCUUAGAUAAGCAUCCUGUCCGGACAUCCCAUCCUGGACUGCAGUGAGGCCUGUCUAGCGAUCAGCUCAGAGUUGUUUCUCCUUGUCGGUGUCAGCAUAUGACUUACUGCAUGGUAGAAUGAGCCAGGGAUCAGGGGUUAUGGAAUCGUUUGGUAAGAUGUAUGCUUUUACUCAAGUACAUGAUUGCAGCUUUUUUAUAUGAUAAUAAUAAUAAUAAGAGCCAGUCCCCGCUUCAA